CCCCUGCACUCCCUGACCCUGCUGUCCCUGCAGAGCCACGCUGCCAUGGGAGGCCACACCACGCGGGCAUGGCCGGAGCUGCUGGCACUGCUGGGCAGCGCSUGGCUGUGGGUGGGGAGCGCCCAGCCCACCCUCCCGAGCCCCACGCACACCCCCGUGCCCCAGCUGAGGUUCCGCCUGGCCGGUUACCCCCGCAAGCACAACGAGGGCCGCAUCGAGGUCUUCUACAACGACGAGUGGGGCACCAUCUGCGACGAUGACUUCACGCUGGGCAACGCGCACGUGCUGUGCCGGCACCUCGGCUUCGUGGCGGCCACYGGCUGGGCUCACAGCGCCAAGUAUGGCAAAGGAGUCGGGCGGAUCUGGCUGGACAAUGUGAACUGUGCCGGGAGCGAGAAGAGCAUCGGGGACUGCAAACACCGGGGCUGGGGGAACAGCGACUGCAGCCACGAGGAAGACGCCGGUGUGGUGUGCAAGGAUGAACGCAUUGCAGGCUUCAAGGACUCCAAUGUCAUCGAGACCGAGCAGAGCCACGUGGAGGAGGUCCGGCUGCGGCCGGUGGUGUCCGGGGGGCGGCGGCAGCUGCCGGUGACCGAGGGCAUCGUGGAGGUGCGCUACAAGGAYGGCUGGGCACAGAUCUGCGACCAGGGCUGGGACAGCCACAACAGCCGCGUGGUCUGCGGCAUGAUGGGCUUCCCGGCAGAGAAGAAGGUCAACAGAAACUUCUACAAGCUCUUCACGGAGCGGCAGCAGCUCAACUACCGCCUGCACUCGGUGUCCUGCACGGGGACAGAGGUGCACCUUUCCAUGUGCUCCUUCGAGUUCUACCGGGGCAACGCCUCGGCCGCCUGCGGGGCCGGCAUGCCCGCCGUGGUCAGCUGYGUGCCCGGGCCCCUUUUUGCCACUGGCAAUUCCCACAAGAAGAAACAGCGCCAGCAGCAGCAGCAGCAGGGCCAGCCCCGGAUCCGGCUGAAGGGCGGUGCAAAGAUCGGCGAGGGUCGUGUCGAGGUGCUCAGGAGCAGCGAGUGGGGCACCAUCUGUGACGACCGCUGGAACCUGCAGUCAGCCAGCGUGGUGUGCCGCGAGCUGGGCUUUGGCAGCGCCAARGAGGCCCUCACCGGGGCACGCAUGGGCCAAGGGACGGGGCCCAUCCACCUGAACGAGGUGCAGUGCCGGGGCACCGAGAAGUCCCUCUGGAGCUGCCCCUUCAGGAACAUCACCCAGGAGGACUGCAAGCACUCRGAGGACGCGGCCGUCCGCUGCAACAUCCCCUACAUGGGCUACGAGAACCUGAUUCGGCUGAGCGGGGGCCGGAGCCGCUUCGAGGGGCGGGUCGAGGUGGCGGUGGGGGCUGGCGACGGGGAGCAGCCCCGCUGGGGUCUGGUGUGCGGCGAAGGCUGGGGUACRCUCGAGGCCAUGGUGGCCUGUCGCCAGCUGGGUCUGGGAUUCGCUAACCACGGCUUACAAGAGACRUGGUACUGGGACGCCAGCAACGUGACAGAGAUGGUCAUGAGCGGCGUGAAGUGCGCCGGCCACGAGAUGUCCCUGAGCCACUGCCAGCACCACGGUGCCAGCCUGAGCUGCAGGAACACGGGCACGCGCUUCGCUGCGGGCGUCAUCUGCUCCGAGACCGCCUCCGACCUGCUGCUGCACGCGCCGCUGGUGCAGGAGACGGCGUACAUCGAGGACCGGCCGCUGCACAUGCUGUACUGCGCCGCCGAGGAGAACUGCCUGGCCAGCUCGGCCCGCCAGGCCAACUGGCCCUACGGCCACCGCCGCCUGCUGCGCUUCUCCUCCCAGAUCCACAACCGCGGCCGCGCCGACUUCCGCCCCAAGGCCGGCCGCCACUCCUGGGUCUGGCACGAGUGCCACCGGCACUACCACAGCAUGGACAUCUUCACCCACUACGACAUCCUGACCCCCAAUGGCACCAAGGUGGCCGAGGGACACAAGGCCAGCUUCUGCCUGGAGGACACCGAGUGYGAGGAAGACGUGGCCAAGAGGUACGAGUGUGCCAACUUCGGGGAGCAGGGCAUCACUGUGGGCUGCUGGGACCUGUACCGGCACGACAUCGACUGCCAGUGGAUCGACAUCACUGAUGUCAAGCCAGGCAACUACAUCCUGCAGGUGGUGAUCAACCCCAACUUCGAGGUGGCAGAAAGCGACUUCACCAACAAUGCCAUGAAAUGCAACUGCAAGUACGACGGGCACCGYGUCUGGGUGCACAGCUGCCACAUCGGAGAUGCGCUUAGUGAGGAGGCCAACAGGCGGUUUGAGCAGUACCCAGGUCAGCUCAACAACCAGAUCUCAUAGGGCCCCGGCCCUGGGGAGACGGGCAUCUCCCUCCCUCACCCCAUACGGAUGGGAGGAAGCCGCUGGGGGACCGGCGGGGAGGCCUCAUGCCCGGCGCUGCUGUCACCGUGUCCUGCCGGGGACUGCCCAGGACUCGCCACCGGCUGCCUUUCCCCACCUCRGGGGGGCUGGUGCUGGAGGCACCGACACCUGCACCUCCCAGCCUGGGGCUGCCACCCCAACCACUGGCCAGCAGGCCGUGCCCACAUUCCCUGGGCUGUGGCACACGGGUACGGCCCGGGAGGUCCUGCACCCCUCACUGCUCCAUCCCUCCCAUUCCAGCUGCACCCCAUCUCCCACUCUCCCUGGUUCCUCUCACCCUACAACCCCCCUACAUCCCUUCAGCUGGCCCCAGGACCCACACCCACACAGGUCCUCAGGACCCUGGUCCCCCAGGGAUGGUUGCAGGUAUCCCUGCCCACAAGCGCUGCCCAGGGGUGACUCCUACCCCAUGUCUCAGUUGUAAUUUUAUUUCCUCUAUAAAGUUGUAAGUUCUAUUU